GAGGUACAGGGCUCAGGAGAUGCCUGUCCUACAUUGUUUUGGGAGGUUCCUGGUCGCCCUGGUACAAGCUAUGCUUGAGAUUAAAAUGCCAAAGAAAAGCAGAACAAAGGAAGCAAAGAGACGGAGCAGUGACGAUGAGCAGCUCCCCGCUAAGCAGAGCAGGCACAGCAGUGAUGCUCCAUCCCCUCUGUGCUUCCACAGCCCAGGCAGCUUGUUUGAGAGCCUCAUUCAGCCCAUGGGCACAGAGCAGUUCUUCAGGGAGUACUGGGAGAAGAAACCACUCCAUCUGCAGAGGUCUGAUCCCAGCAUAGCCUCCUACUACCAGUCUUUGUUCCAGCUGUCUGACCUGCAGAGCUUGUGUUCUCAGGGCCUGGAUUACUACAGGGACGUCAAUGUUGUUCGCUGCAUCAGUGGCAAGAAAAAAGUGCUCAACAAGCAGGGGCAAGUUAAGAGCAGUGCUCUGAAUAAGUUCUUGGUUCAGAAUAAGGCCACCAUCCAGUUCCACCAGCCACAAAGGUUCAAGGAUGAAUUGUGGAGGAUCCAGGAGAAGCUGGAGUGUUUCUUCGGAGCCUUGGUGGGCUCUAAUGUCUACAUCACACCACAGGAGUCCCAGGGCCUUCCAGCUCACUAUGAUGAUGUCGAGGUAUUUAUUCUGCAGCUGGAGGGGCAGAAACAUUGGCUUCUCUACAACCCUACAGUUCCGCUGGCAACAGAGUACAGUGUGGAAUCAGAGGAGAGGAUUGGCAGCCCGACCCAUGAUAUCCUACUUAAGGCUGGAGAUCUUCUGUACUUUCCAAGAGGAACCAUCCAUCAAGCCAACACUCCAGCAGGAGUGGAGCACUCCACCCACCUGACUCUCAGCACCUACCAGAAAAUGUCAUGGGGAGAUUUGAUGUUGGACAUCCUUCCCAGCAUGCUAUGUGACAGCAGCAGGACUGAAGUCGGCCUAAGAGAGGGCAUUCCCAGAAGACUCUUACUGGGGAGCAGUGGAGGCCUAGACUCCAGCCGGCGUCUGGCCAGUGGCCUCAGAUCUCUGGCUGAUGAAAUAGAAAAAGGAAUGCUGGAAGUCCGCUCUACUCACAUGAAGAGAGACUUUAUCAUGAACAGACUGCCACCAUGCGUCCUGCAGCAGCAGCAGCAGCUACUUACUCCAUCUGAGAAGAUUCCUGCCCUGGAGGAUAUGGUGUGUUUGAGGUUUAAAGACCAUAUGGUAAUAACGGUGGAGCCCAGCCAAGAGAGAACAGAUGAGACCACAGAGCUGGUUGUCUUUGUCUUACAUUCUUUGAAGAACCACAGGGAGAGCCACAUGAUGGGUGGAAUCUGUGAUGAAGAGGAGAAGCAGGACAUCUCCAGGGGCCUGAAGUUCCCUCUGUCCCACCUCCAGGCUCUGCGACAGCUCCAGCAGGCAGAGAAGCUGGCUGUGGCCCAGCUCCAGCUGCCCACACAGGAGGCCAAACUCAGUCUGGUCCUGGCUCUCUGGAGCGAGUGCCUGCUGGAUGUGCUGUAGCACACCACUACGUCAAAUUAUCAUUCAAGCGAAGCCUCACAUCCACAUAUGUUGAUUUUUUAUGAAAAUAAACAUUUCUCUUUCGCUUACUGUGUUUUCCUCCUCAGUGAAGUUGCCACAGCUCCAGCAGUGCAGAUGUAGCUUUUUGUUCCCAUAGCAAUACUAUGUCAAUUAAAUAACAUAUUCCAUACAGAUACAAUAAAUUGAUCCGGUUCAC